UAGCGAGUGACGUGAGUAGGUUGUAGUGAGUGAUCAUUAACAUUUCUCGAGCAGCAGCUGGAACGGGCGUGUGAGAGGUCCCUAUCGCCGAACUUCCGGGGGGAUUGACGGCGUAGGGCCGUGUGGAGUUGGUCGCCGCUAAUUCUUUAUUUCGGAAAAAAGUGAUUUAUUCAAAUGUCUGACUUUAUCAGUGGAUUUUUGCUUAUUUGGUAAUGGGAAGGAUGGUCGUGCCCAUGGCUGUGGAACAUAUGGUGAUGCCCAAGUCGCGAAAGCGAAAGAGAAGCAGAGGACGACACCAUUCGUCAAGCUCGCAGAGCUCUUCAGAGCGACUUGGUCGGGGUAGCAGGAGGGCGUUCAUCGCCAUAACACACAAGAAACAAUCAUCAGCACAAGAAAUGGCAACUGUUCUUGCGAGUGAGCUCAAACCAGAACACAAGCUUCCAAAGAAAGAGAUCUGGGUAUCCCCAAUACCACAGUUUCUCAAGCUUCUGCGAACAGUUGGAGCUCAGGGCAACACUUUCACAGCCAAAGAAGUUCUCUCUUAUCUAAUCAAAUACAUCAGCUCAAGGCAGCUUUAUGAUCCCAACGACCCGAAGAAUGUAUUCUGCAAAUCAGACCCACUCGGCCAAGUCUUCAAAGUCCAUUCAUUCACGAUAAAAGAUGCAAAGAGGUUACUUUUUGAGAACAUGAAGGUUCUUGAUAAACCACCUGAAAUGCCAACCAUUCCAAGAAGACAGUCCCUACCUGAAACAAGGAAAGACUACUACAUCACCUUCCGCAAUAAUCAAGAGCACACCCAUGAAAUGGCACCAGCACCUCCGUACCCCCUCCCCCAUCUGUACACCCACCCCGCCCCUAGGUCAGCCUACCAAUCGGGAGUCAAGGUGAUAUCGUCGGGGGUCGACGUCGCAGACGGGAUCGACAAGGAUUUCUUUGACCAGCAGGUGAUGGAGAAGAUGCUUGAUACAGUAUCUGAAGGAAGAGAAGGUAGAGGAGGUACUGACGAGCCCGAUGUUGGGAUCUCUGUGACUCCGCCCCCUCAGACAUGUCUUUCAUCUAGAAGGAAAUCACGCUCAAGAUCUGAGUCAUCCAGCCUAACUCUAGCCUCGAGAGCAAGUCACAGGUCAUCUCAAAGGUCAUCACAUAGGUCAUCCCAAAGGUCAUCACACAGGUCAUCACAUCGAUCAUCGCAAAGAUCAUCACAUCGGUCAUCGCAAAGGUCAUCGUCAAAGAGGUCAUCUCUGAAGUCCGCAACGAAGAGGUCAACGGUGAAGAGGUCGAGAGGGGACGUGGCCGAUGGGCGUGGUCGAGAAGGUCGGCCGUGGUACUGCGUCUUCUACAACGCAGAGGAAGAUGUGAAGUCACAGAGCAGCGAGAUAUACAGUGUGCAGGGUAAGGAAACUGCUGUCGUUACUGACACUUCUGACGAUCUUUGGUUUAUGGACGAUGAUCGAUUCUCUGUAGAGUAUGAGGUAGAAGAUUCUGAGUCGGAGCCUGAAAGCAAUGAUGCAAGGUCAGACUCGACAACGACCGAGGCCGAGAUCUUUGUAGAGGUUGAUGACCUUGGCAGUUCCAGUGAUUCGAGGUUUGCCGAUGAGGACACCACAGACUCGGAAAUACCUGAAGAGGAUAAAUGGAAGUGCUCCGAAUGCAGCCAGGUCAACAACCCUGUGCACGGCUACUGUUCCUUCUGCUGGGCUAGGAGAUCUGGUUGGCUUGCCGAUGAAGACAGGAAGAACCCUACAGAAAGAUUAGGUGACAAGCAUGUACUCCGUAGAGCCUUUUCUGCACCUGCUGGAUGCCAUCAAGAUGAGAUUCGUCAAUCCAGCGUCCCAGCGAGGGUCUUAUCACAAGCAGAUAAUGCUCCUUGUGGAAGUGAUGAAGCAGGUACCGGACACCGAACAGCCAGUCCACUUCGUUUCCAGUCCAUUCCCAGGGAUUUUGCAGAUGGGAAGAGUGGUGAUGAGGGUGAAGAACAUAGCCGGAGUCAUGUCCAGGAGGAAAGGCAUGUCUUCUGCCAGAUAUCCUCACCAGGGUUGGCACCGCCCCUGAGACCGCUCCAAGGGUUCCACGGCCAGGAUGGGAAAGCACCCCUGACUCACCUGACAACAGUUCACGAGGCAUCGGAAGAAGCGAUCCCUUUGGAUAUCAACAGACGAGCUCCUGCUUCCUGCACUCUAACCCCUCAUAGUAGUGCGACUCAUGGGAAUGAAGAUCAGGGUGUCGGGAGUGACGUAUCUCAGAACACUCAAGGAGUUGCUGAUACCGUGUCUCACCACUCCAGCGAUAGCUCCGGGGAUGCUGCUGGAUGUACGCCCAGGAAGCGAAGGGCAUUACUGGUCAGUAGGGAAGACUCUGGCGUAUGCCUCAAAAGACAAUCUUCUGGCCAUUCUGGUGCAGAUAGUAUUCGACCAGUCGUCAAAAGUACCCUUCCAGUAACAACUAAUCUGAUUCAGGCAACACCAAUAAUAACAACAGGCUGUAGCCAUGAGAAGAUGAUCACCAAGGUAGGAGGUCAAACAAGUGGCAGUUCACCUUUGGCAGGGCCAUCAAUUGCAACCCAUCCUAUGCAUCAUAUCCCAGUCAUGACCUCACUCGCAGAGAAGACACCAGUCGGCCUCCACCAAGCCAUGACUCUCCAGUCGCCCCGACUUGAAUCCCCUGGUCUUAUUUCCAGCACAACCCUUCCCCUUCCAAUCGUGGGCAGCUCCACGGUGGGCAGUGGGGCAGUUGCCAGCCACGCCCAGGAGCUGUGCCGAUUCUGCUGCGUGCGACCCAAGACGGCUUGCAUCAUCCAUGGCCGCACUGGCCACCAGGUCUGCUGUUACAAGUGCGCCAAGAAACUGAGGCGACGAGGUAAACCCUGUCCGGUGUGUCGACGCCCCAUUCAACACAUCGUCAAGAAUUUCUAUGCCUGACGAUGCCCAUUCCGUAGUCCAUGAGUUAGGUAGCUAUUGUGUCAUAUCUGAAAAAUACACACCUAAUAUAAUAUGUCAAACUUCAUCUCUAUUUGUGUAUUCGAGUGGUCUGUUUCGAAAGCAAAUCAAUGUAAUUAACACCUAAUACAUAGUGUACUGCACUCUCGAAUUCUAGUGCAUAGAAAUCAAAAUACACAUUUACUCACAAAUCUUGAUUAAAUACAGAGUGCAAAUAUUAUUUCUAUUAGAAAAUACUAAUGUUAACCCUCAAUCUCCCGGGGUAUUUUGAUUCUUGUCAUUCCCGGGGGGGGGGGGGGGGGGGGGGCCAUUAUGGCCCCCCCUUAAGAUCUCAGCCGUGGAUUGCGCGAUCACAACGAAAAUUUGCAUGAUGGUAGAGAAUGACGUAAUCUAUGCAGUUGCAUAGGUAAAUUUCACUGAAUUCAUAUAUUUUUAUUUUAUAUGAAUUAAUUAUGCUAAUUUAUUAAUGAAAUCAUACUUUUUGCUCUGAUUCACUAAAUAAAGCUCCUAGAAUGCUAUUUUUUUGUAAAAAUAUUCUUUACAGCGUUCCUAACAAUUGUGAAUGAAAAAAAUUCUGGUACCAAGAGCGAUUUCUUAUGUAUUUUAUUGUUUUUUUAAUUUCUUAUGUAUUUCCUUGUUUUUUUACUUUUUGUUUUUUAUUGUUUUUUCGAUGGAAAUCGUUCCAGACUUAAUUCUGAUCAUAAACAAGGCAAAAUUGAUUAAGUUUAAUCAGUAAAAGUAGAAAUAAUGAUACAUUUAUGAAUUUUGGCCAAAUACACAAUUUGCAUUGGAUUUGUACAUGAAAUCACGUUUAUGAGCAAUUUUGGGUCUGACAUGCACUUACAUAAUGUUGCGUAAUGUUGUAACCGCAUACCUGGGCGUCACAAAUUUGGUCUCAAAAUUUGCGCGAGACUUGAAAGUAAAAAGUCAGUGAGCGGCGAGGUCAAAAAAUUUUGCGCAGCAAAUAUAUCGCGAAAAUUGUCGAGGGGGGGCCAUAAUGGCCCCCCCCCCCGGGAGAAUUAGGGUUAAAUGGAUUGUUUAACCUCAUUAAAUAUCUGAGAACUGACAAUUUAUGCUGCAAUCAGAAUUGGAAACCUUUUAAUAGGUUAGACAGGAUUCUCGUGAGAUAUUUUAGGCUAAUCGGUUACUUAAUUGCCGCGAUUAUGAUGACUACAGUCAUUGUGUCAACUUGAAUGCCUCCAGUGAACACUGGAGGCUAUGGAGGGAAUAAAUAAACUUUGCUUAUUGUGAGGCAUGUAAUGUUGCUUAUGAAAUAAAAUUUUCAAGGUUUCCUCUCGAAACUUCACAAUUCUAAUCGAUCCCUUAGGUUGAUAACGGCCUAUUCAGUGGAAACUGGAUGGCACUUGCAUUUGGCAAUUCAAGUUAAGUGUAUUUACCAGGGUUGGUGUUGGGCGAACAGUCCAGAGAUUGCCUUCCUUGAGUUUAAUUGAUCAAAACAAGUAUGAACACCAAAUGUGAUGCAUCCAAGAACCCGCUUCGUUUUAUGUUUAGUGCUGUGCUGAUACAUAUAAAUUGUUUCCAAUGCCAACACCAAAAGGUCAACUCUGCACCACUGAUCGAGUAUUUAUGAAUGAGAGAAUGUAGUAACCAUUAAAUUUAAAUCUACAUUAUUUCAAUCUGCUUCAAAGGUUGGUAAUAGAAGUGCUUUGCAUGUGGCAAUAGCUCUGAUAAACCAGUUUACAAGAUUGCCUUGGAUUGCUUGGGGCAUGGUAUUGUGAAACAUAAAUCAGUAAGGAACGCAUUUGUGAAUGUACAGGGGUCAUAACUCUCGCUUCUGCUACUAGGCCUUGUAGGGCUUUCAUCAAGACCCAUCGUGAUGAUGGUAAUUGCUUUGGAUGCCCACCUGAACUGCCAUGCUAUCCAGGGCCCCAUCUUACAAAGAGUUAUGAUUGAUCUGACCAACCUCGAGUAUUAUGGAAAUCCAUCAAUGUCAUAAGUUUUUUCUUUAGGAAUUUUUUUUUUCUUUAGAAAAUUGUUUACCUUGACAGUUAAUCACAUCUCGCCGUUUAGCAUCCAUUGUCUUUUUCAGUUCUAUUAUAUAUUAUUUCGCUCUAGCAUUCUAGCUAGUCAUUCAUGCGAUUUUACUCCGAUGAGUGCAUGUCGAAAAGCUUCAGUAUGUCAGUUUUUAGGCUGUAUUACGGUUUUGCGGUACCAAACACUUAUUUAUUUAGGAAUUUCCCACAAUGUCCUUUGAAAACAGAGAAGCACACUGAAUUGUCAAGAAAACAGCCAAUGUCUGAUAUACAUGUACAUCAUAUUUAGGUAAUAUUUUGAAAAACAUGUUUUUUAGAUGUUGAUGUUGCCAGCUUUCCAUAGAUGAUUGAUAGAGCUGCGACCUGAUUUCGGAACAAACCGGCAUAACAUUUCAUGUGAAGAUUGAGACAUGGAAUGUCUUGAAGACGAUAUGAUCAAAUUCAAGACUACGCUACAUCGAAUCGCAAUGACGUCGUAACAAUCAUGCGAUCGGCUAAGAUUUGAAACCAAUCUAUACUUUAUUUCAAAAUAACGGCUUGCACUUGCCCAAAUUGUAAUAUCUGUAUUUCUUACUGUUAAUUAGACUCAAUGAGAAGAAUCUAUUGAUUUAUAUGUCAGAAAAGAAGCGAUUUCUUCCUAAAUCAGGUCGAAGGCCUGUCGUGAUAUGUGCGGUGGCCUUUAGGCAAUUGAAAAAAUACUCUCACCCCUAAGGUCUUAUUGCUAGGGUCUAGUGAUAUCAGCUAAUUUGCCAGAUCAAACCAUACGCCCUCAUUGAUGCACUAGAAAUGCUUUUACUAAUUCAGUUUUACAACAGGUGGUAGAUUAUCCUGUGCCAAGUUCUACUUGAAAUGCUCAGAAUGAAAUAGAUAUUAUGAUGAUUUCUAUGAGUAGGUUGUAUUCAGGUGCUAGAAAUUUUGUAAAUAUCUUUCAUUAUUCUGAACAGGUUGAAAGUUGUGUUUGGUGUUUUCAAGUUGAGAGACCAGUCUAGCUAGUCUUUGGAAUUGAAUAUUUGAAUUUGGAUUGAAUUGAAUAUGUGUGUGAUGUAGGCUUAUCAAUGUGCAAGUCCUUGAGUAAGAAAUGUCUCAGAACGAAAUGGAUGUUGAAAUGUUUUUGAAUUGCCAAUCAUCAGGAGUCUGUGUGCACAGUAGGUUCUAAAAUGGGAAAUAAUUUAUAUGCUUGAAUUUGCUUGUUUAUAUUUAAUACCAAUUGAUAUUUAUUUCAAUUAUGUUUAAUAAUUAUUGUUUGGCUUGAGAGGUUAUUCCAAAUUCUGCAUUUAAUAGUAAGUACUGAGCCUAUUUUCUAGAAAUUUCAGAGUUCUGGAAUGUUUUUUUUCUUCUAAAUUUACACAUAUCCGAAGAUUGAAGAAUUUGAUGUGUAGAACACAACACCAGAUUUGCAUUUUAGAAAACGGGAAACUGGGGAGUCUAGUUUUUGAGCUUGUUCAUUAUAAUGACAUAAAAUGCCCAAGUAUGUUUUUUUUUACCCCUUGGCUUCGUGCAUCUAAGUUGUAUCUUCAUUUGUGUAUAGCAUUAAUCUCAUAUAAGAUCCCUACCAGGUAUUUUAUUACAUGCAUUCAAUAUUCCUAGUAUUUGCAGUAUUAUAUAAUUCAUUACUUUCAUAAUAAUAUCAGAAAUCUUGAUCUUACUUGUUUUUCCCUUUUGUAAAUUCAUGCCAUCCGUGUUUCAUAUGUACUGAAUUAUAAAUAUAUUUCAGAUUUUUGUUGUAUUGUUUCUUUGCAUCUAUCGGUUUACCCUAUCAAUAAUUGAAUACCCUUUAUCAGGUCUGUAUAAGAAAAUAGGUUUGCAACAAAACAUUGGAAUCAUUGCAAGAGUGUUAAGCACUCAUGAAUUGCAAAUGCAUGAUUUUUAAAUAUCUAUUUUGGGGCACCUUUUCUUCAUCUCUUCUUUUCAGUAGGAUACUCCAAGGAAACUGCCAAGGUUUCUGGUGUCGCGUGUGAAUAGACCUCUGUAUGCUUUCUCCCACAUGUGAUUUUAAGUUUGGUGUUGGUGCUAGUGUUAGUGCCGGUGUUUAUAGAGUUCAACCCACCCACACCAAAUGUGGGUUUCUGGAAGCAAUAUCAAUCACAUGGAUAGCUUAACACCAAGCGACUGAAGUCUAACCACUGAUCUUUUUCAAAUUUGAGUGUUUUGGCUGGUGUAAAUGAACCCAACACCUACACCAGCUGCCAACACCAAACUUGGAACCACCUUAUGUAUAUAUACACUGCUUGCACAUAUGUAAAGUGAGAUUAAUAUAUUUGAGAGUGUACUAUAUAAAAGCUUUUAGAAUAUUAUAUUGUGAUUAACAUUAUAAUUAUACAUAUUAUAAAGGAGAUUGCGUGGGAUUUAAAAGUGAAAAAAAUCAAAGAAAAUGAGUGAUUUUUCAAAAUAUGCAAAAUGAUGAGCAUUCUGCAGAAGCAAAGGCUGUGUAGACUGAAUUUCCCCUGUGUACAUUUACAUGGUAAUUUAUUUUAGAGAUUUUGGAUGGGCGAACAUAUCAUUCACAGUCAAUAGAAAAAUGCGAGGAUAUUCUAUGAAAAAUUACCAAAGAGAUAAUAUUGAUCGUUUGAAAAUUGAAGUCAUACAGGUGGAAGAAAAUGUCUGUAAUACUACUGUAAGUGCUUUAGAAGUGUAGAUUUUAGUGCAAUUGAUAAGUUUCGUAAUGGUAUAAAAGUAAUAACACAUAUCAAAAUUUACAGUGGUGCUAACAAGUUUAGUGAAACCAGAAAAUGAACAUAUUUAAAGGGUUCGAGUUCUGCCAUGCUUUAGAUGUUGAAUUGUGAAGUCACGUUAUGAAAUAUUACAUUCAAUAAAGUUUGUUUCUCUGGGCUCGCUGAACCAUGUAGGGCUAUUGUCUCAAUUCAACACUCAGCACGAAAGUGUGCAUUUUCUGGUGGGGUUCACUAACUUCUAGUACCACUAUAAGUAAAAACAAAAGUAGUGCUUGUUCCAGAUGUGUGGCAAGAUGAUUAAUUGGUUCUGCACAAUCGGUUGUUGCAUAUAUGGUUAAAAAUAACAUGGCUAUUUUUGUCUAAUAUUAAACUUUAAACGAAAAGCAGAUUUAUGUCAGCAGAUUUUACGUAAGUGCAGUGAAAACUAGAGUGUUACAUUCCAAAUAAAACGAUAAAUAAAAAAGAAAAAGAACAUGAAAAACAGGAAAAUAUGUAGAAUUUAUCUAUUUAUGAAAUGUCAAUUACAACAUUGGUAGUUGAGAAUGUUAUCAUACCCAAUGAAAAAAGUGAUCUUUGUUUAUUAGCACUUAUCAUAAAAGAAUGGUUUGACUCUCUCUCUAUAUAUUGAAUUAUACUGGUAAUGUUGGCUGUUAGUUGUCUACAUGUAUGAAGCCAUAUCAUGUGAAAGUGUAACAACUCACUUUGUUCUAAAUAUUUAUGCUUUGUAGUGCAUGAUUUGUGUUUGAAUAAUAUAUUUUUUGCAGUAAACAUUUAAAUAAGUGUAUCAUUUCCUGAAGUAUUCCUGUAUGUGAUGGCACAAUGAAUAGAUACAUGUAUAUAUGUAGUCUGAAUUUCAUCUCCUAGCAACCAGUAAAAUAACUUGGGAAAGGUAUUAUAGAUGUUUUAUACCUCAGUCACAUUUCCCCUACGUCCGCCGUACAGCGAGUCGAAAAAACCCAUUUUAUCUGAUUUUAUUCAAACCACCCGUUAUGGAGCUGGUACCCUCUUUCCAGUAAACUUUACAAUAUUUGGAAUGAUGUCUGUAACUUGGCAUACCUUCGUAGUUGUCUGUGGCAAGUUUUCAAGAAACUUCUUUAUACCUUGGUCACAUUUGCUCUACGGCGGACGUACGGUCGAAAACUGCCGUUUUAACACUUUUCGGUGUCCAACUACAUAUACAUGAUAUAGGUGGUUUGAAUUGAAAUUAAUAAAACGGCUGUUUUCGACUCGCCGUACGGCCGCCGUAGAGCAAAUGUGACCAAGGUAUUAAAGCAUAGUGUCAAUUUCAUCUUGUGACGCAUGGCCGUAUGCAUGCAAGACGCAUGUUCCAUUUUGAAAAAAAAAUCUAUCAAAAGCGGGAAAGCGAAGCGUCCAUGCUUGUCUUUGUUGCAUUUUCUUGCAUUUUUAAAGGGAAAUUGAAGUUUUCCUCCUCACCUUAGGUUAAUUUCUGAAAAUGUUUUAAAGUUUCGGGGAGGGGGGGGGGGCUGCUCCUAUGCUGCGUAUGACCAUGUUGUGAGCUCAAGAUGGUAUAAAUUAGUAAUAUUUGAUGUGUUUCAAACUACAUGCACGCAAGUUGCGCCCUUAUUGCAACGUCUUUCCUUCAUGUUAAUCUUGAAACAUUAAUGAUUAACCUAUCUACAGGUUAAACCAGGGGGUUUUGACUAACAAUUCAAUUGCUAAACUGAUCAUGCCAUAUCCUGCUUUAUAUGUCGUUUGUCCCAAAGCCAUGGACAACUGUUAAAAGGCCUUAAAUAUGUACCGGUAUAUUACAUAUUAUAGCAGCGAAUGCUUUGCAGAGCAAAUUUUGAAUGGCAAAUACAAAAGCUUUCAAGUUUGUAGUAUAUUAUUACCUAUCAAAACAAUAUUCACGUAUGGUAAGAUGAGUCACUUCUGGAAAGGGAAAAGGGUAUUUCAGAAUAGCCCAAAAGACUAUUUUACCGAGUUACUACAAUAGUUUAUAGUCUUGUCUUAUUGUUUCAGUAUAGGUUUUUCCAGUGCUUGUUCCUCGUUAGUUAAUUCUAAUACCAUGGAUCAAGUCUGCAUACAUUGUGUCAUGCUAUGCCAGACAAAUUUUUAGCAAGCCUUGUGUGUGUUGUGAACAAACAUUUGUUUAAGAACUUUGCAUUGAAAUUGGUUAAUGGGGAGAAUUUCUUGAAACAAAUAGUCUAUUUUUCUCUGAGCAAAUCAGAUGUAAGGUUUGUAGUAACUUAUUACAAAUGAUGAAAACCACCGAUUAUUUGUUGCAUGAAGUAGCUUAUAACAUAUGAUGAAAACCACUGAUUAUUUGUUGCAUGAAGUAGCUUAUAACAUAUGAUGAAAACCACUUAUUGUUUGUCGCAUGAAACAUAUCCCUGAUAUGUGGCAUUGAUUAUUUAAAUGAAACUAAAAUUUUGAUGGUUUUGGGAGUAUGCUAUACUGACUCCCCUCAUCUUAAAAGAAAAUAUUUAUUCCACCCCCCCCCCUUGACACCAUAAGAUAUUGAAAUUCAAUAGCGAAGAUAUUGAUUCAUUGCAAAGUUGGGUAUAAGUGGGCAAGUUUUGUUUUUGCUAUAAUAAUUUUCAUUGGAUUUUGUAAACAGUUGUCAAACAUGAUGAUGAACACAUUUACAAAGUAAUGAAGUUGUUAAAAUAUGCUAAAUAUUCAGGUUUCUGACAUUGAUGCGUUAUCCUAUGUUAGAAUUAACAUAUUCGUCUUUCUGUAGUUCUUGGAAAUCAUAUUGUCAUGACUGUAUUGUGAGUUGAACUGGAAGUGGUAGAAUGAUUGAAAAAAAGGGGAAGAAAAUAAAAGUUAACAGAUUUAUUUAUUUCAAAGAGAA